CAGGAGACACGCACACUUGGUCUGGUACCCUCCCCUUCCUUCGGUCCCCGGGGAGGUGAAGCCAUGUGUUGUUGUUUUCCGUUCUCUUUUUGGCCUCGAUCCUCCCAAACCGAGGGAUGGAGGGACUGAGCGCCUCUGCGGCUUUCCGAGAGCAUCUCCGCCGGCUGUGCCUGGACCAGUUUCCCUGUGGCCGAGGGAGCUGGAACAAAUCCCGUUUCCCACCGAAGAAAGCCCAAGCUCCCCGCGGUGGCGUCCCACGGCAGGCCAGCGCAUCCUUUCGCAAUGGGCUCUCCUCCCCCGACGAGGAGACGGUAGAAGCGCUGACGGAGUACCUGAGAAGCCUGGGCUCGCCCUGGGCCCUGCCGCCCGACUGCAGCCCUGCGGACCAGCAGCUGCGGGAGCUGGCAGUGCUCUCCCCCCAGUCCAUGAAGGAUCACUUCAUCUUCUCCUACUUCACGUCCCUCCGGCUGGUGAACAAAAACGUGACUGAAAUUGAUGCAGGCUUGUUAAAGUUUCCCAACCUGGAGGAGCUUAUCCUUACCGCGAACCACAUCAGCAAAAUCGACUCUACCCACCUCCCUCCAACACUGAAGGUGCUGGAACUUUGUGGCAAUGAGAUCAGCAGCUUGAAGGACCUGUGUGCCCACCCUCCUCCAGCGCUCCAGCACCUCGGUCUCGGGCACAAUGGCCAGCUGGGUUCCUCUGAAGAACAGUAUCUCACAGAUGCUUUCUGGCCCAACCUGGUCUCCUUGGAUCUGAGCUACAACAACUUCACCAACUUACUGAGCCUGUUUCCCAAGCUGUUGACGCUGAAGAGACUCCGGAUCCUUGUGCUGCAGGGAAACCCGCUCUCCCUGCUCCCCGGCUAUCGAGGGUUCACCAUCGACAGCCUGCCGAAACUGUGCGCGCUCGACGAUACCAUCAUUACGCCGGACGAUAGGCACAACUUCUUAGGCCUGGCUGGUGAACCCGAUCUCAUAAGGCGCUACACCAAAAUGAUCGUCACCAUUGGCAAAAUCAGGGGCCUCCCCAAUCCUGUUGUUUCGGAUGAACCAGAAAGCGGCCCUGAGUCUCCAGUGAUCACCUACAGCUACUAUGUUACGUAUGAGUUUGCCAAAGGUGAAAAGAUUGAGGAAAAAGGAACGGUCAAGGUUGUCGUGUCGCAGGCCCAGCAGAGUCGUUCAAAUAUUCUGGAUGCUGAAAGCCCACCAGAAGACGUGGAAGAUGGAGGAGGCAGUGCCCCAACACCGGUGGAACGCACACCCACCCCAGUUAAAUCUGAGCUGCCUCUUGAGACUGCAAACAUUCACGCCACCCCGCGAAAAUCUUGGGCUGAAACCAUAGAGUGCGACUAUAGGAAGGAGCACCUCACUCGGGACCUGGUGGGGUUGAAAGCGUUUCUUCUCGCUGGAACCACAGUCUCAGUGGUGGAGGAAAAGGUUGUUUCCUGGCCUAUCGUCGUUUCCCCAGACGAAAGUCCAGGCAAGAAAGGGAAAGGAAAAGGGGAGAAAGGGAAAGCAGAAAAAAGCAAAGCGGGGAAAGGGAAAGGGAAGAAGAAAGAGGCCGGAAAGGGUGGGAACAAGAAGAAAAAGAAAUCUCCCUCCCCGGAGUUGAGAAGCGACCCUCCCGUCUUGAAAAUCUUGGGCUCAGCCCAUGUCAGUCUCGAAAGCCUUCUCGCUGGAGAGCCUCUGCUGGAAACCGUAUGCGACUUUGGUGUUCUGAUUACGGAGUCGAGCGUCAAGCCUCCGUCUCCGAAAGAAAAGGAGAGUAAAAAGGGCACAAAAAAGGACAAAAAAGCCAAAGCAGGAACGGAGAGCUCAGCAUCCCGGAAAACUCUGUCACCAACAACUCCGAAAGGGAAAGGAAGGAAGAAGGAGUCUCUCGAGGCGGAAAGAAAACCCCCACUGAGUCCACCGUUGCCUCUGACGGUGGAGUUCCAGAUGCGGCACAUCAAAUGGAAGUCGGCUUCGGAAAUCCUAAUAAAAUGCAAGCCUUCGGAAUAGUUACUUGCCCAGGUUUGCUUUGAAGAAGGCCUCCCCAAGAAUGGGGCCGGCCAGCGAGAGGUCGUGGUCGUUUGGGGAGGCCACCUUCCUUGCGCAUCGGCGGGUGUCGCCUGCUAGACUCAGAGAGGGGUUUUGCUCUCUUUUUGAAUCCCAGGAUAUUCAGCCAAGAGCCAACUUUGGAGGAAGACACUAGAGACUGGGGUGG